AUGGAAUUGACGUCUCUGUCGCUACUCAUAUGCGCGCCCUUGCCCAGCAAGCCGCUCUCGCACCGGCUCAGCCUUCAUACGAUCAAGCCGCUGUUCAACGAGCCCUUCCUCCUGCGCACCGCCAAGACCUGGACGUCGCUGGCUACGACGCGCCGCAAGGCGCUGUGGGAGAUGCACAUGCAGCACCAGGAGAAGGCCUCCGCGCAGAUCGGCAACCUCGUCGCGGGCGAUUUUCAGCAGCAAGGGCUGAAGGCCCGAAUUGGUAAACCUACGCCAUUGGCUUCGACAAUCGCAAGGGCGCAAGUGAGGACAAGCUCCAAGCUCAACCUAAGCCUAGCUUGUAAGGCUCUCCAGUAUUCACGCAACAUGGCUAACUCGACCCCACUACUGCCCCUCAAGAUCGACGUCACGAGCGACACGAUCUGCCCGUUCUGCUUUCUCGGCCUGCGAAAACUAGAGAAAGCGCUUGAACUCUCACCAUAUACUUCACCGUCGUCGGCAUCGCGGCUGUUCAACCCCGAGAUCCAAUACCUCCCGUACCAGCUCGACCCGACGCUUCCUGAAGAUCGGGCGCUCAGCAAGAAGGAGAUGUACACAAAAAAGUUUGGAGCGGCACGCUUCGACGCGAUGGAAAAGAUGAUGGUCGAGCGCGGCAAGGAAGUCGGCAUUAACUUCAUCUAUGGUGGCACUGUCCGCUCGACCAUGCUCUCUCACCGCCUUCUUGCCAAAGCGCACCAGGUAGGCGGCUGGAAGGCGCAGCUCGCCUUCCUCAACCUCGUCUUCCCGUACUACUUUGAGAAGCAGGGCGACCCAGGCGACGCGGAGGCACUCGCGAUGUUCGCCCACCAAGCUAGCAUCUUCUCUUCAAAAUCCGAGGCUGACGCGUUCUGCAAGAGCGACGAGCUGACGGAUGAGGUGCGAAAGGGCUUCGUUCGCGCGAGACGCGCCGGGAUCACGGGCGUGCCCAAUUUUGAAAUGACAGCUCAGCGCGAGGGCAAUGUCCCCGUCGUCGCCGAAGUGCCCGGCGCGCAAGAUCCGGAGACGCUCGCUGCGAUCAUCAAGCAGAUCGCACAGAAGGUUCAGGCCCAGUCUCACACAUAG